CUCUGUGUUUCGUUGUUUGAGCGUUGUAACUAAAUGAUCCAUUGUCUCCAUUUCAUCGCUGCUAAAGUAGUUGAGUGGUUCUCGGAGAAGCUUCUCAGUAGCAGGAGAAGAACGACAAUGGCGUUGACGAAGAGAGGGUCCGUGAUGAAGUCGGACGGUGGAUUUCACGGUGAGGAAGAGGAAUUAGAGUUAGGUUUAGGAUCAGUGAGGUUCACGCGAGGGUUAGGGAGGAAAAGGAUUUUGAUUUCGAGCUGUGUACGUGAAUCUCUCUCUAGAUCGGCCGUUGAGAUUCCGGUGGUACCUGAAUCGCCGCCGGUGAAGUGUUCGUUGAAGAGACAACGAAGCUGUAGAAGAACUAUUGUUUCUUCUUCUUCUUCUUCUUCUUCUUCUUCCUCUGAGAAAUCUCGACUCGAGUCUCUGCCUCAAGAUCUCUUGAUUCGUGUGAUUUGUGGUGUGGAUCAUGAUGAUCUCAAGAGUCUUAAACUUGUAUCUACAUCAAUCAGAGAAGCUAGUUUGAUAGCCAAAAGGUUACAUUUUGCGUACACAACACCGAGAAAGACUCGUGCUUUUCGCAACUCCAUCAAGCUCGAGGAGAUAUCGGAUCCGAGCCAUCAAGAGGAAGACAUAGAGCCUCCUAACGCACCGAAUCACUAUCGUUGGACCAAGGCCAAGAGGAAAGAGCAACUCUCAAGCGUCUCUGUGGCAUUGUUUACUUGAAAGUGCAUGUUGUUAUGUGUUUGUAAAUGGUUUGGUUCGAGUGGUGGUUAAGUGUUGUUACUUACACUCUUUCACUACUACUGUGAAAUCCUCAGUGAUGGUUAUAGUUUAUAGAUUAGUUUGCAUUUUGAUUCAGAAGAAUUUAGGGUUUUAGGGAUGAUUUUUGUAUAUAAAUUCAUCUUGCAUACAUUGGGAACUGGAAAUGGUUUUUUCUGAUAUAUGUAUUUUAGUGUUAUGGGUUUUAGUCAGAGACUCAGAGUAUCCAAGGUUCUGUUUUUGUUUCUUGUUUGUCUUUACUCUUUAGAUUGCAAUAAGAAAAAAUUAUCAAUUCCUA